CGGAACCUCCGGUCCGGCGGAACCCGUGCGCGCGGCCCGGCGGGGCCGUUUGUGUGCCGGACCGGCCCUGCCACGUCUGUGUCGCGCGCGCAGCCGGGAGGCGCGCGGGGCCGGUGCAGCCAUGGUCUCGGUGAUCAACACGGUGGACACCUCCCACGAGGACAUGAUCCACGAUGCUCAGAUGGAUUACUAUGGCACUCGGCUGGCCACCUGCUCCUCAGACAGAUCUGUGAAGAUCUUUGAUGUUCGGAACGGGGGGCAGAUCCUCAUUGCAGACCUGAGAGGGCACGAAGGGCCCGUGUGGCAGGUUGCCUGGGCUCACCCCAUGUAUGGGAAUAUCCUGGCUUCCUGCUCCUAUGACAGGAAGGUGAUUAUCUGGAAGGAAGAAAAUGGCACUUGGGAAAAGACUUAUGAGUACACAGGACAUGAUUCCUCAGUGAAUUCUGUCUGCUGGGCACCUCAUGACUAUGGGCUGAUCCUGGCCUGUGGGAGCUCUGAUGGGGCCAUUUCCCUCCUGAGCUACACGGGUGAUGGGCAGUGGGAAGUCAAGAAGAUCAGCAAUGCACACACGAUUGGAUGUAAUGCAGUUAGCUGGGCUCCUGCUGUUGUACCAGGAAGCCUCAUAGAACAACCAUCUGGUCAAAAACCAAACUACAUAAAAAGAUUUGUGUCUGGUGGCUGUGACAACCUGGUCAAGAUCUGGAAGGAAGAAGAUGGCCAGUGGAAAGAGGAGCAGAAGCUGGAGGCUCACAGUGAUUGGGUUCGAGAUGUAGCCUGGGCUCCAUCCAUAGGUUUGCCAACAAGUACCAUUGCCAGCUGCUCACAGGAUGGCAGAGUGUUUAUCUGGACGUGUGAUGAUGCUUCUGGAAAUUCCUGGUCACCCAAGCUGCUGCACAAGUUCAGUGAUGUUGUCUGGCACGUGAGUUGGUCCAUCACUGCCAAUAUUCUUGCGGUGUCUGGAGGAGACAACAAGGUCACACUCUGGAAGGAGUCAGUGGAUGGACUGUGGGCGUGUAUCAGCGAUGUCAACAAGGGCCAAGGGGGAGUGUCUGCUGUGACUGAGGGGCAGCAGAACGAGCAGUGAGGCACCACUGGAUGUUCAGCCACAGCAAGGCAGCACUAGACCUGAUCUGCAAUGUUUCUUCAACCACAUGAGAACUGGUUUUUAUCUGAACUGGACACAGAGAUGGGAAAGAAUUGGCCAAUUUUGUGAGCCCUCCAUAACCAGUGCUGGGAGGCUACAAUAUGUUGAUAAUCAGCCUUAAUUGACAUUCCUUUAAAUGUAAAGAGUGUAGCAAAGCACUGUGCCUUUUACUACUCCUUGGUGCUGUAGAACUGGUACCCUGCUUCUCUGGUCUAGGGAUCAGAUUGAGUCACAUGCUGUGGUCAGACUUGAAGCACUUGUGUAGGAAGAGGAGGAGGCUCUCAGAAGGGGGGAGUGUGUACCCUCUGUGCAUGGGGACAAAUACUCCAUCCCUUCUGAGGCCAGAACUGCUGGAGGUGAGGGGAAGGGCAGGGGGAGCUCUUGGCACUGGGUGACAGUGCUGACUGUCCCUUCAGGUAUCAGAGUGGUGCUUAGGUCUUCCUGAAAAUUACAUGCUUGGGUAUGUGAGUCUGUGCUUUCCUGAUGAUGGAGUAGUGGAAUGCAGAUGUCCUUUGCUUUAGAAUAAUCAAACAUGGUUAUUUUACCAACAUCAAUACAUGAAAUCAGAAUUUGAAGACAACUUUUUUUUUUUUUAAGCCACAGUUCUGUACUGUACCCGGGGUUUGGUUUUUGUUGAGAUACCAACAGAAUAAAGUCCUAUUGAUUAAA